UCCAAACUCCUCCCCCACCGAUUCCCCUUUCUUCCUCCAUUCAUCGCCGUUUCCUCACGCGCGAACGCGGUGCCGUCGCCGCAGCCGCCAUCUCGUCUCGACCGCCUGUGCAGUCCCUGAUCGGUUCUCUCCGAUCUUCCCUGACGUCGCCCUCCUCUCUUGCGAUCUCGCCGCGCUACCUGAUCGUUGGACGCUGCCGCUCCGCUGCCGUCACUUCCCCCUGCUGUGCCCUAGCUCCUGAUCCACCGCCAGCCGAACUCUCUCUUCCCGAUCCAUGACCGCCGCCACCGUCAUCCACUCACGGUGCCGAGCCUAACCUGGCAGCGUCGCUAUCCUUCAUUGCUCCGAGUCGGCACCGCCCAUUUGACCUAGCACCGCCGUUGUUUAGAGUGCCGGAUCUGAAUUGCAACCGCCAGAUUCUUUCCUCCGUUCACAAGAGAGUACGAUCCAAUCGGUAGCUCUACGAACUUGCUGAAUUCCAGCCAGCAAGUGCGUUAUUGACACAGAGGGCAGUAGCUUCACCUAACUCUGGCCAUAAUUUCCAGCAGCAGCUUCUCCGGCCUGAGUGUCUACGGAGGUGUCGCUAGAUUUGGGACUUUGAGUUGAGACGAGCAUCUCAGCGUGGAAGAUAUUUGAUACGAGCUACGAUAAAGACGGGCUGAAAUAAGCGUCAAAAUGCAAGACACCGAUAAAGAAACGUUUGACUUGGGAUUGUUUGUUGGGGAGUUGACUUUAGAUGAAGAUGCAAGCAGUGAUGAUAUUUCUUUGGAGGGAUUGCAAGAAGAACUUGAAGAAUGCAAGAAUGACAAAGAAGUCGCCAAUAUACUUUCUAAGGGCACAAAGCUACGAGAAUACACAAAAGGUGUUGAGAACAAUGUACGCCAAGUUGAAUUGGACUCGAUUCAGGAUUAUAUUGCUGAGAGUGAUAACUUAGUUUUACUACAUGAUCAAAUUCGUGAUUGUGACAUCAUCUUAUCUCAAAUGGAAACAAUUCUUAGUGGCUUUCAGGCAGAAAUUGGUUCAAUAAGCUCAGAGAUAAAAAGUCUUCAAGAGAAAUCAAUGGACAUGGGUCUGAAGCUGAAGAAUAGAAAGGGAGCGGAAUCUAAACUUUCUAAAUUUGUAGAAGACAUUAUUGUUCCCCCAAGGAUGAUCGACACUUUGAUUGAUGGGGAGGUUAAUGAAGAAUACCUCAGGACUCUAGAAUUGCUGAGCAAAAAACUGAAAUUCCUUGAAGUUGACUCUAUGGUCAAAGGUUCCAAAGCUCUUAAAGACAUUCAACCUGAGCUAGAAAGGCUAAGGCAAAAGGCUGUUGCCAAGGUGUUUGAGUUUAUUACCCAGAAAUUUUAUGCAUUAAGAAAACCGAAGACAAAUAUUCAGAUUCUACAACAAAGUGUUCUUCUAAAGUAUAAGUAUGUGAUACAUUUCCUUAAAGAACAUGGUAAAGACAUAUACACCGAGGUUCGUGCAGUUUAUGUUGAUACAAUGAACAAGGUUUUAAGUGCACAUUUUCGAGCAUAUAUACAAGCAUUGGAGAAACUGCAGUUGGACAUUGCUACUGCAACAGACUUAAUUGGAGUUGAAACUAGGAGUGCAGGUUUUCUCUUAAGAGGAAGAGAACCUCUAAAGUACCGUUCUGCUGUUUUUGCUUUAGGUGAAAGAAUAAAUAUCUUAAAGGAAAUUGAUCAGCCAGCAUUAAUCCCACAUAUAGCUGAAGCUAACUCUAUCAAAUAUCCAUAUGAGGUUCUCUUUAGGAGUUUGCACAAGCUUUUGAUGGACACUGCCACUUCAGAGUACCUUUUUUGUGAUGAUUUUUUUGCAGAAGAAUCUAUAUUCCAUGAAAUUUUUGCAGGGCCAUUUCAGGUCAUUGAUGAACAUUUCAACACAGUGCUUCCAAAUUACUAUGAUGCCAUUGGCUUGAUGCUUAUGAUUCGCAUCAUACACCAACACCAGUUGAUUAUGUUUAGACGCCGAAUUCCAUGCCUGGACUCAUUCUUAGACAAGGUUAAUAUUUCACUGUGGCCUCGUUUCAAGAUGGUAUUUGACAUGCAUCUUAACAGCUUACGCAGUGCAAAUGUAAAAGCAUUAUGGGAAGAUGAUGUCCAUCCCCAUUAUGUUAUGAGGCGCUAUGCUGAAUUCACAGCAUCCCUAGUGCAUCUCAAUGUUGAAUAUGGAGAUGGGCAGCUUGAUAUGAACCUUGAGCGACUUCGGAUGGCAGUUGAUGACUUGCUUGUUAAAUUGGCUAGAACAUUUGCAAAGACCAAGUCACAGACAGUAUUCCUUAUAAACAACUAUGAUAUGACAAUUGCUAUUUUGAAGGAAGCAGGUGCUGGAGGAUUGAAAAUGCAAGAGCACUUUGAGGAACUACUUAAGAGCAACAUAGGAAUUUACGUGGAAGAAUUGCUCCUAGAGCAUUUUGCUGAUCUUAUCAAAUUUGUUAAGAAUAAUGCUUCUGAGGAUACAAUUUCCAGUGCUGGGAGGCCCACUGUUGCAGAUGUUGAUCCAUUGGUGAAGGAUUUCGCAAACAGGUGGAAAGUUGCGAUCGAACUGAUGCACAAGGAUGUUAUUACUUCUUUCAGCAACUUUUUAUGUGGAAUGGAGAUCCUGAAAGCAGCAUUGACGCAGCUACUUCUGUACUAUACAAGACUCUCAGAGUGCGUGAAGAAAAUUCCUGGUGGUUCUGCUCUAAACAAGGACUUAGUUUCCAUAUCAUCAAUAUUAUUCGAAAUCAAAAAAUACUCGAGGACUUUCUGAUUUUCCCAGAUUAAUAUGCAACUCCCCUCAAGAAGUUUGUUUUGUGUUUGCUGCUGAUGAAAACAGCAAAUAAUUAUUUGGUCAGGACGUUCGGAGAUUGCCCCGCAUAUGCACUGUGCAAGACGUGUAAAAUGGCAAAAGUGAUUCAUGUAGAACAUAUAAACACAAAAUACUUACAAAGUUUCUUUUAAUUUCUAUUUCAUUCUGUUUGAACCACUUAAGAUUUUUAUAAAUAUUGAUCUUGUAAGUGUGAUGAAGUUCAAUCAUGUUAAUAUUAAAUGAGUGAUUACAAGUUUUAUUAUUA